CGCUGUCGAACUGAAGUUGUUUGGUUUCCGUGCUUGCUAUCCUUUUGUUCUGGUUGUUAUAGUGAAUUUCGUUUAUUACUUGACUAAAUCGUAUCUAAUACUUAUGAUGGAAAAUCCGGAAGAAGUUCUGCAGCUUCUGGAACGUUUUACCAAACUAAAACAAAAGGAAAUUCCUCGGGAGCUAGAUGACUAUCUUGGCUUCGUUGCUCGCACCGGGGACACCGUCUAUCGCUGGGCAGUUGUGAAACAACUCAUCCGGACCAAGCUGAUUUAUGUGAUAACAGAUUUUUACGUCAACACUCCGAGUAUUGCCGAUUUACCACAGUGUCCUAAUGUUGACCCAUUUAACUACGAACAAAUGAGAAAAACUUUGAUUGAUCGACUUGAUUCUUUCAACUCGGCCCCAUUCACCGUGCAGCGAAUCUGCGAACUAUUAACGGAACCACGCAAGCAGUACACAAGAAUUGACAAGUUUAUGAGAGCAGUGGAGAAAAAUAUUUUAGUUGUCAGUACACAGGAACCUGGAAGGAGACGCUAUGAUAGUGAGAAUGGUGAUUCUCUGGAUUCUAUCGUCAACGGUGAUCUGGAAGUGAACGUCGACAUUGAGAUGGACAACGAAGCAUUCGGUAUUGAAUCAAACGAAAUUGGUCCACACGCACCGGUCUCGCCGUCUUCAUCCUUGUCGUCAGCAACAUCAUCGUUAUCAGUAACUACAGUUAUAAAGUUAUCUGACACGGAAAUAUCUCCGGAAGAAAACAUGAUAGUUUCGAAGUCACUGACUGAUAUCCAAGAAUCGGAGAAGAGUCCCGAGGCUGAUAUUGCAGAAACCGAGACACAUGAUUUGAAUAGUGCUGGAGAAUCUGCCAUCGAUAGUGAACCGAUCACAACGGAAUCUACUAUGGCUUCCACAAACGACGAAAAUAGUUCAAACCAUGAAGCCACUUCCAGUUUGGAAGAAACUGCUCCACUAAACGGUGACGGUGAGGUGAAAGAAGAAACUAUUGUACCAGAUGCAAAAGUUGAUCCUGUUCCUCAAACUGCUGAUGAAUGCGAUGGUGUUGAAUCCGUUGCUAAAGUCGCAACGCCGGAACCGGAUUCAACUGAAUCGGUCGACAGUAGUAACACUGACAAUCCUCAGCCUCCAGCGCUGGAAUGUCUUUCUUCAAAUAAUGCUCUCAACAAAGAAAAAUCCGCAGAUGAUUAUCAAGCUGUAACCGGAGUUGAGAACGAUGACGCUGCAGAGGAACCAACCGAGGACGACGGACAACCACAGGCAAAGUUAGCAAAACUUUCAUCUGAUCUAGAUGACGACAAAACAGUGGACCUGAAGGAGACUUCAUUGUCAGUUGAGCCAGAAAUAAUCACCGAACAGAAUAACUGUGAGAUUAAUUCGGACUCAGCAACGAACUUGGCCGAAAGUAAUAUUAGUGCUGAUUCUGAGUCGUCUUCUGCGAGCUCGAAUGGCACGAUUCCUAAUUUGACUGAACAACUUGCGGCAACGGAAUGUCCUCCGGAAGCUGAAGAGUCUACGCCAAAUGAAGUAGACAACAAACCUAGUGUAGAUGAGAUUACGAGUGAAGCGGAACCGCUGACUGAAGUACUUCCUGACGUCCAUGCCAGUGAGGAACUACCCACAGAAGCAACAACUGUACUGCCUUCGGACACUAUUGCUUUGAAACCGGCUGACGUGAACCAUGAAGCGCCUGUGGUUGCUACAACGGACGAAAUGGAAACCGUUAGCUCUACGAUGGUUCCGGAGAAUGAGAUGGCCACCGACGAGGAAGAAUCAACUCCUAAACUGAUUGAUGCGGUAGUUCCAAUGGCGGCAGACGUUCCCGAAUCCGCAAAAGCCGACGACAAUGCUAUGGAUGUAGACGAGUCCAGUGUGGAACCAAUGGACCAAUAGAAAUUUAGCUUUAGACGAGAAUUUGCACUCACAUUAGAUGUUAGUACUGCUAUAACAAUGUUUUGUUUUUAUUUAACUGCUGCAGCUUACCGAAGAACUCAAAUCAUUAAAACCUGCUGUAAUUAUUUGACUAAAAAGUACGUGUUUAAGUAAUAAUAAAUGCCAUUUGGCAAUGGUACACCUCA